CAGUGCGUGCGGCUGCGCAGUGUGCGGUUGGCCCUGACGGUCGGAGCGAUGCCCGAGGACUGGGACAAGGACGUUUACCGGCAACCGGACAGCCGCACCCCGGAGGUGGACAAGAAGACCGCACUGCCCAACCCGGCGGUCAUUGUCAGCAAAUUGUUCUACUACACGGUAGAUUUGCCGGUUACAACCUUCAGAGAUUGGGUGGAACGCCAGCGAGAAAAGAACAAAUUCUAUUACUACCACCAACAUUUCAGACGAGUGCCAGAUUUGACUGAGUGCACUUUGGGUGAUUUCCUCUGCUACUAUGAGGCAGAGAUGCAAUGGAGAAGAGAUUACAAGGUUGAUCAGGAAAUUAUAAAAGUUCUUCAGGAACGUCUGAGGGCCUGUCAGCAGAGAGAAGGAAAUAGCUACAUACAGAAUUGUGCUAAGGAGCUCGAACAAUUCAAGCAGGGAGCGAAAGGCUACCAAUCGAGAUAUGGUGACCUGGGGGCUUAUGCUAGUGGCAGAAAGUGUCUAAUGAAACAGAAACAUCGAAUGAUUGAGGAGAGGGAGAAGGCAGCAUCUGAAGCAUGAACAGCUCCACCAGAAGUGAUGUUUUUUCAAACUGUCAACAAAAUGUAUAGUCUGAAUGUUUAACUUGUUAAAAAUACUACAUUUCACAUGAAUGUGACUCAAGUCUACGUACCCUUAUAAAACAAAAUGCCAUAAACCUA